UUUCUAAACCCUCGCCGUGGGCUCCUCGUCGUCGGGAUAAAAAUAAUUACAGAUCAAAAGCAAAGUGAAGAAGAAAGCUCGCUGACCAUGUCCUGGAUGAAAGGAGAUUUACUUUCCAAAAGCAGGAGGCUUGUUGGCGGACUCGCUAUGCGAGAGCCUGUUUGGCUUAAAGCCAUGGAAGCAUCACCUCCUCCUGUCUUUCCUCGCUCUAAUGGGAACCUCAAGAAGAUUGUUCUCCCUGAAGAUUCCUACGUUCGUCGAUUCGCACGCAAGCAUCCUGAAGCGAAACUCGUCGAACCCAUCAAGGUUUCGGCGUUUAUUCCUGAUCCAGCUCGGGUAUAUGGUUGUCGUGUCCUUCAACUGACCAAGAAUGGCAUCAGCGAGGAUGACGCCAUGUCCGUAGCUAAUAUGGAGUAUCUUGCAGAGAGAAAGGAAAAGAAGAAAGCAUACAAACGCUUAAAGGAGCUUGCUGUACUGCAAGACAAGGCUCCUCCUCCUAAACCCUAUCUUAGUUCCAAAAGAGAGAUGCAAAUCCAAGAGAAGAAAGCCCCUACGGAUCCUCCUAGCGUCCGCAGGCUUGUUAACCAGCUGAAACAGCAGAAAGAGGUGUUGCUCCAGGACAAACCUGGAGGAAGUGCUAAUCAUGACCACUGGAUUGAUGAAUAAACUCUCCCAUCAUCUUUUUCCUUUAUGCAACUAUUUCAUUCAAUUUAUCUUUACCAUAUGGUAGAACCAAAGAUUAUCAUAAAACAAGUGUUAUAUCCAUUUGACUAUCUUUAUAAUAAAAGCUCUGGAUGAUUUAUUUC